AUGGCAAAUUUAAGUGACUUUAUUUUUAUUGUUGUCCAGGCUGAUGUCUUUUCCUUUGGAAUCAUCCUUUGUGAAAUCACUGCCCGAAUUGAAGCUGACCCUGACAUUUUGCCCAGGACGCAAAAUUUUGGUUUGGAUUACAUUGCCUUCAGUGAAAUGAUAGAGUACUGCCCGCUGGAUUUUCUACAUUUGGCCUUCAGAUGUUGUCAGAUUGACCCUAAGAAACGUCCCUCAUAUGCUGACAAUGUUGAGUGUCUUCUCAAAAUGCAACACCAUUUAAGUAAUGCUGGAAAAAUUCCAAAAGACAGGAAAGAAAUCAAAUCCCACUGCAAACGAUCCAGAUCUGAAGACAAUAUUUUGGAUUCUUGCAACUGGGCAUCCAUGGAUGAUGAUCCAACCAUGACACCAAUGGUGGUUGGUCAAAAUAUGAGCAUGCUUGAUCAAUUCUAUACGCCAGGCAGAGCAAAUCCAUUUGCUCAGUCGAACAAGUUUCGGGAUGGUAAAAAAAUGGUAGGGGCCAACCGUGACCAAAAUUCCUCAACCUUUGACUUGCCAUCUCCAUCAUCUCCCCUGACUCCACCGUGCACUCCGGUUACUCCACAGCACCACAAACGGUCCAAGGGUCGGCGCCGCAAGUGCCAAUCCCUACCCGGGUCCCCGCUGCUGCUUCGUCGUGCAGCGGAGCGCUUCCACCAGGAAUCCAUACACGGAAGCUCCUCACAACAGCAAGAGAUUGGCUUCCCAAUGGACCUGGUCGCUAAUUUGGGCGAGUUUUUUCUUACUACUCAUGCCAACCGGUUCCAAAAUACAGAUUCAGACACGUCCACUUCUAAUGUCCAGUUUAACCCACUUGAUGAUGGGGACAGCGCUAUUGACCUAAAGUCACCCCCAACUGAAAGUCCAAGGAGCCGGUUAGCAUCUCGCCGGAGAGCGUUCCGCACGAAACAGCGGAGUAUCGAGUGCUCGUUACUUUUUUCCAGCACUACAGCAGAACGCGAGUCAUCUGUUACCAGGAACCAACGGGACUCUGCUGGACUUCCGUCUCCAAAGACGAGUCCUGUGAAAAGUCCCCAGACACCAGUAAUGGUACAGCCACCUCUUCCACAAAGCUCUUCUGGACCUCUUGCGUCUCCAACUAGUCCUGUUACUCGUUGCAAUGAGGUUGAAUCUGCUGAGGUUUCCUCCCCAAUUUGUCGUCAAGAGUAUUUUUUCAACACUAGCCAGAGCAGCACAGACUCAACUUGCUCCGUACGUGCAGCUGGGUCAAUUGAACUGGCAUCUUACAGGGUCAAGAAAAUGGGUUCAUGCAACAAAAAAUAA